UUAAAGCUGGACGGUCGCUAUGGAGCUCUCGGCCGAGUACGUGGGACCGGGUGGCGAGCCGCAGCGGCUACGGGCGUCCUGUGAGCCGGCGGGGGACGCCGACCGCCUGCGGGGCCUGUCGUCGGGCGUGGCGCACAUGAAGGAGCUGGUGGCGGAGUUCUUCGGCGCCCUGGCUCGGCGGGACGCGCAGGGCGGAGCGGCGGAGGCCGCGGCGACUGCGGACGACGCGUUAGACGACCCCGGGCCCGCGGCGUGCUGACCUGGAAGACUGGCCCCGGCCCGGUGCGAGCCUUGGAAGCCUGUGGAUCUCCGCGUUCCCACCUGCUCUGCGGGCCGGUGGAGCCCAGAACAAACCUGCGACCUUGACAGGCCGUCCCGAGACUAGUGUGCUCUGGACCCCAAGGAGAUGGCUGCAAAAGGGGGUGUGAGGAGAGUGAGCCGUAAGCCACCGGACCCCGAUGAUGAACUUUUAAGCACAUGAAAUGAGUUUUUAGAGGGAGAGGGACAACGUGUGAGUUGAUCAGAACUCUCAGGUAUGGAAAGAACCCUUCUGACCCAGACCAAGGUAUGGUUUUCAGAAUGCCGGUUGGCUCAGGUGUUAGAGGAACCUCGUCAGCCUACCCUGCCACACCUAAACUGUAAAAGGCUGAGAGUGUUUUCGGGCAGUGAUCCCCUUAACCAGGCGAAGAAGAAUAUGGAUUCUGGAUGUUUCAUACUAUUCACAUGAUGAAGACAUGGCAGGUGUCAGAUGCAGAGAAGAGACCCACCAUUCGGUAUUUGCACCCUCAAGAUAAACAACCCUUUAGUUAUAGUCCCGGAAUGCCUGCAGGUUCUUGAGAAGGUGUAGUUACCUUUUCGUUGCUGGGAAAAAGCAGCUGAUGGGAGGAACAUGUCUUAUUUUGGCUUACAGUCUCAAGAGGAAAUUUAUGUCAGGGGAAUGCAUAGCAUGAGCAGAGGCUGGACAUCACCUCUGCCACAGCAGGAGAAUGAGCCGAACUUUAGCAAAGGGGAGAUAGCUAUAACACCCCAGAAAAUGCCUCUUCCAUCAGGGCUUCACCUCAAAAUUACCACCAGCUGGACACCCAGCAUUCAAAACAUCAGUUUAUGAAGGACAUCGAAUUCCAGGCACCAUAGGACUAUUUGGGAUUAUUGAUAAUCCUAGAAGUUGCAGGUCAGAUAUCUGUCAAGGAUCAUGAGAAGUUGUCUGCUUGUGUUCUGAGACUCGUGCAUUUAUUGCAGAAAGUGGUACAGAAAACUACUGAGAGAGAACUGUGGAUCAGGCCUGAUAGACCAAAUUGUGUUAGCAGGUUGCAAUCAGUUUGUCUGCCAGAGGGUGGCAGCCCGGGUCUUAGUGCAGUUAACUGACCCUGACAAAGGACAGGAAGAGGCCCUUCUCCAGGCAGGCUGAAGGGGCCUUUGGCCGGGCUUGUGACCAGCAAGGAUGUCCGGUCAUAAGCAGAGUAUGAACUCAUGUGCUCCAGGGAUCAAUAUCCACCAAUCUACCUCCUGCUACCAACUCACUGCAGUUUUCAGGAUAAACCUUUUGUCAUGUCUAUCAGAUGUGUCACUGUCUAGGAAAGAUGUUGACCUGCACUAAUAAUUACUUAAAUCCAUCCUGUCAAUUUUGUUGUUGUCUUUAGCCCAUGAACUUGUAUAAUGUCUGUCGCUCCAUCUGUGCAGUGCUCCAAGAGGACAGACAGGUUCAGUUACCUGUGCUGCCCAGAACUCGCUGAGCUGUCAGCUUGUGUGGCGCAGGUACAGGUUCAUCAGUCACACAUGACCGUGGUGUCAGAAGUUUUCAGGUGUGCAUCGCCUACAUUUAUGAUGAGGACCAUGAGCUGUGGUUAACAUAGGCUCUGUGUGAUUGAAACAAAAGGCUCAGUGGAAUGCUGAGGUUGAUAAGUCUACAGUGGUCAUCUUUAGACUUCUGAUAAGUGUUAGCAAAGCAACUCGGUUUUGAGUAUCAUUUUAUGGUUAUAAGUGUAGACAUAAAAUAAAGGAAUGAAAAUAAAA